AGCUAGCUAUUAUUAAUAUUUCACAUAUGUGGUUAAUAUUGAUGUAUUCGGCAAUGCUUUCAUCAUAAUCAAUUAGAAAAAUCUUUGGAUAUGCUCUGUAACCUUGAAAAUUGAAUAUCUCCAAGCAAUCAUAACCAUAAAAUUGGAACCACACUUAACCACUUCAUCUUUGAUUGUAUUUUCUUGAUGGGUUCAUUAGGUGCCUAUGUGGAGAUGGACACUGAUGGGGAAGCCAAUGGGCUCGAAUAUGAGUGCUUGCUCUUUGAUAUGGAUGAUACUUUGUACCCAUUGAGCUUAGGUCUCAACUUGGCUUGCCGAAAGAACAUAGAAGAGUUCAUGUUGCAUCACUUGCAUAUUGAAGAAAGCCAAGUGCCAAGGAUGUGCCUGGAAUUGUACAGAGAAUAUGGAACAACAAUGGCUGGUCUGAAGGCUCUUGGUUAUGAGUUUGAUGAUGAUGAGUUCCAUGCUUUUGCUCAUGGAAGAUUACCUUAUGAAAAACUGAAGCCUGAUGCUGUACUAAGGAACCUUCUACUUUCCAUCCCACAAAGGAAAAUAAUCUUCACUAAUGCUGAUAAGGUACAUGCAGCUGAAGUUCUGAAAAGAUUGGGAUUGGAAGAUUGUUUUGAAGGAGUCAUAUGCUAUGAAACUCUUAAUCCUCCUGUUGAAACUGCUAAUUUCAAGGAUACUUCAGACAAUGAUGCAGUACUUGCAGGAGGUGAAGCAAAGCUCAAUGAUCUUAAUGAUGCUGACAGAAUCAGGCCACUAAUCCUCUGUAAACCCUCUUUGGAGGCCUUUGAAGCUGCGAUCAGAAUUGCAAAUGUUGACCCCAAGAGAACAAUAUUCUUUGAUGACAGUGCUAGAAACAUUGCAAGUGGGAAAGCAGCAGGCCUUCAUACAGUCAUUGUAGGGAGCUCAGUCCUGGUGCCUGGUGCAGACCAUGCUUUGAGCAGCAUCCACAAUAUCAGAGAAGCAAUACCCCAGAUAAUAUGGGAGGGCGAACGAGAGCAACAGGAACAGAUUAUCCAGUCCACUGCAGUUGCAACUGUUGUCCUUGCUUAGGUUUCUCCUUCAUUCACGAAGCAUUCAAGGGUACUGUAAAAUAUCAUGUUGAUUCGCAAUGAACCAUUCUCAUACUUGAUAUGUUCAUGUACAAGCCAACCCCAUAGUUGGUGACCUUUGAAAAAGGAAAAUAUGGUUACAAUGGGUGUAACACAAACAGUAUUUAAACUUAUGAGCACAUAAUAGUAAUACAUGCACUUUCAUCACCAGUCUUCAAAGCAUUGUUGUGGUUUCUCUGCACUCAAAUGAAUGAUUCUGUAGAAAUUAAAAUGGUACCACCAUAUUUAAUUCCAAAAACAAACUUAUGACUAAAUUUGACAACUAGUUUCCAAGAUUUGAGACCAAGCACAGGAGUCAACGAAAGUCA